AUCUGAAGUAAUUCGAAACUUGAUUUCUUCCGGGUACAUUAUAUGAUCAGUUCUUAUUGCGUUUUAUAUUUGAAAUAUUCCAGUUUUUCCAUCAUGGAUAUGUUAUGGAUUAAAUUCAAAUUUACUCUUAUUCUAAUGAUCACAAUAUCAUUUUCAAUUAAAAUAACAAGAUCACAAGUAACAACACUUAGUCCUGAAGUAACAACACAAACAAAAGUUAGUACUAAGGUGACGUCAGAGAGUGGAGUCAGUACUAAACCAACUACUGGUAGCGAAGCCAGUCCAGAAACCGGAGUCAGUCCUGGAGCAACUCCAGAGAGCGAAGUCAGUCCGGAAGCAACUGCAGAAAACAAAACUAGCCCUACAGUAGCCCCUGAGAGCGAAGUCAGUCCCGAGGCGACUCCAGAAACCACAGUCAGUCCUGGAGCAACUCCAGAGAGCGAAGUCAGUCCGGAAGCAACUGCAGAAAACGAAACUAGCCCUACAGUAGCCCCUGAGAGCGAAGUCAGUCCCGAGGCGGCUCCAGAAACCACAGUCAGUCCUGGAGCAACACCAGAGAGCGAAGUCAGUCCGGAAGCAACUGCAGAAAACGAAACUAGCCCUACAGUAGCCCCUGAGAGCGAAGUCAGUCCCGAGGCGACUCCAGAAACUACAGUCAGUCCCGAAUCAACUCCAGAGAACGAAACCAGUCCCGAAGCAACACCAAAAAGUGAAACAGAGCCCGAAGGAACUCCAGAGAGCAAUGUCAGUCCCGAGACAACUUCAGAACCCAAAGUAAACCCCGAAGUGACUCCUGAAAGCGAAGUCAGCCCGGAAGGAACUCCUGAGCCCGAAAACGGGGGUUCACCUGAGGACGAUGGUUAUCCAGAAGGAGAGAAUGAAUGGUCUCCAGAAGGAGAGGGGUACGGAGAUUAUUAUCCGGAGGGAGAGGGAUUUCCAGAUUAUAAUUAUUAUUCAGAGCCAGAGGGACUUCCAGAGGACGGAGGUUAUCCAGAUGAAGAAGGCAAUCCAGACAACCCGGAUGGCGAGAGCUCUCCUGAUGGCGAACACCACCAAGGUGACAAUACUUAUCCAGAAGAUACUACAAGAAAAGAAAAUGUUAAUGGCAGUGUCACUGAAAGCAACAGACAUGAGAAAAAUACAAAUGAUAUGAGUUCAACCAUAGAAACACUGGAGAUGAUGCUGGUCAUUAUUGGGAUAGUGAUCUUACUCCUAGUCGGCUUGUUUGUGUGCAUUAUGUGGAAAGGGAAAUCGCGCCAUGGCAAGCUAAAAUUUGGAAAGAAUAUUCGUGAAUUCUUUGUUGCGGCAGCUCCAGUACAGUUCAAACAGACCGAUCAAUUUCAGUCGGCUCCAGUCGGAAAGUCUCACCCGUCAGACGAGUUCAUCAUAUAAGAUUUUGUUUAUGUUUUAUAAAUUUUUAACAUGGGGAAAAUUGAACAAUUAAUAUCUUAGAACGCAUUGUUAUUGCUCGGCUUAAACAUUCUGCUGUUUUCUUUAUUUCAGUUUUUACAGGCACAAUACUAUUUGUUUUUUGUUUUAAUCGUAUGUCAUGUUAUUAAAAGAAAGAUUCAUACUAUACAUAUUUAUUCAAAUAUUGUAAGUUUAUGCCAAUUUAUUUUAGCUUAAGGGAGCUUAUCUGAAUCAAUUUCGAGUGCUAGUGUCCCGUAUGUGGAGGCACAAUCUUGACCUCCAUUGAUUUCGAGCCAGGGAGUUCUGAUCUAUACGGCAAACGCUAUAAGCACGUGCAUUUCCGGAUGCUCUAGAUGCAGCUUUAACGAUAUCAAUAGUUAAUCAGAUAUGACAUUCGGAACUAGUAUGACCAAAACCCUAGUGCAUGUGUCAACACGACAUACCCAUAUAUUUGUCUAAUUACUAAUCAGAAAUGAAACAUAUAUUGUUUUUACGUUAUUGCAACUGUCAGAAAACAUUGUAUUGCAAUAUUUUAUUUUGUAAUUCGUACGCAUUUGUUAUUUAAUUCGAGUAUGUGAGAAUGUUGCCAUGUAUGAUACUCGUAUGCUGUGUUUCAUUCAUUCUACUUACUGAUGCACGUGAUUACUUUUGGUUGAGAUGGACACUAUGCUUGAUUUCUCGAAGGUUUCCAUCUAAUAAAGUAGGUCAGAAUUAUGUAA